AUGAGGUGUAAAUUAGCAUUUGGAGGUCGUUCUGGACAGGGCUCCCCGGCUGUCAGCCCUGUCAGGGCGAUUUUAAAGGCUCCGCGAAAUCCUCUUGAUGAUCUGGGAAAUGGGAAUGAAUUGACGGAGGAUAUCAAUAUAGAAAAACGUAGGAAAAACUCUCGCCGUGUCAGCUUUGCGAACACCAUAAACUGCAGAGUCUUCCAGAGAGAUCUUAAGAAUAACACAGCAGAGGGAGAAAGUACAGAGUGUGCAGCAGAUACGAGGAAUGACGUCCUGCUUAAUCAAAAUGAAGAACCUGAAGCUGUUCCGUGUGAGAUCACUGGAAUGAGCACUUUGCUUCAUGCCCCUAUCCAGGCAUUGGUGCAGCAGACUGAGUGGCAUGAUGCGGACAACGCCAUUCAAAGAACAAAUAGGCAUAACACCACCCUCAUCUUUUCAGAUGAAAAUGAAAUGGAUAUGACAGCUAGUCACACUGCAGUGAUUACACGUAACCUGAAAAACAAUCAAGCUGACAAAACUGAGAAAAUAGAUAUCACAUCAUUUCUGGCUGGGUUAAACUCUAACAAUGGAAAGGCAGAAAUGAGCGAAGAAUUUCAUUUUUUCUCUGACCCUACAAACCAUUCGUGCCCAUCUUUUGAACAGAAGGAAGAUGCUACUACUGUAAAAAAAAUAAAUUUCAAUGAAUUUUUGAUGAGCUUGAACUCAAACAAAAAGGCACUCAAUCCUACUGAGGGACCUGAAAAAGAGAAUGUUUUUUUUGUCCCUUCACAAGUCUCAGAAGACAUGGCACAAUCGUCGGUGGAAUUUGUAUAUUCCCAUGAACAACUGGACACCUGCAAUGUAACAAAAGUCUUGAGGGGGCAAGAUGAUGGAAUGGAAAUGACAAAAUGCCAGGCAUCUGAUGUUAAAGCUAUGUUUUCUGGUAUUUGUAAAACUCCACCAGAGCAAUUACUGCGUGCGGAUGUUACUGAGGCAUUUACAGAUGAUGGAAUGGAUAUGACAACUAGUCACACUGCAAAAAUGUAUUUUCCCUUCUCCAGUGACCCUCAACUUUGUACAGACAAAAAAAUAGUAAAUGUUGAAGACAGACGAGAUCCUACAGUGCUGCGAACUGUUAAACAAGAGGCCAAAACAAUGUCUGCCAUCCCAGGAUCCAUUUCUUCUGAGACUGUCUUCCGAGGUGAUAAAACUGUUGUUUUUUCUAAAUGUGAUGUCAUGGAAAUUACUGGGAAUUAUAAAGAUGUAAUCCAUAAUGACAGCACUAAAGGAAUGAACAGUUCACGUCAUACAACUUUUGAAAAGCCAGUUAAUACAAACUCUUCACUAGCAGAAAACAGACAUCCAGCACAGGGUGAUAUGGACUUUACAAAGAGUCUAACAUCUUUAGGUAAUCGAGCUUCUGUGUCAUAUAAAAAUAGUGCACUUGAACGAUCUUCGGGCUCAGAUGAACGAAUCGAAAAAGUGACCCAAGAUCAUGGGACUGCUUCAGUGGAUGUUGGUUUUGAUUCAUGUACAAAUUCAUUGUCUACUGGUGUUUCUAAGAGUAGACUUCAUUCAUUGUCUACUGGUGUUUCUAAGAGUAAACUGGAGCACAGACUAGCAAACUCUCAACUUGUUUCUCUGUCAGGUGAGAAGACGGUAAUAUUCUCAGGAGAAGAUAUGGACUUGACUAAAACCAGUGUUUUCAAGGAUGAUGGAAAGAAUGUUGAAAAUGAAUCUCCUGCUGGAAUGUCCACCUCUGUCAACUGCAAACCUCAUUUUCUUGAUAACGGAUCUACAUCUCCCAAUUUAAAUGAACAGGAAGAAAUGGAAAUAACUAAAUGCCAUGCUGUUGUCAUUGAUGAUCAAAGCAAUGGGAUAACUGCAGAAGCAAAACAAAUGCACUGUAAAAUAAUUCCAAGAAAGAACCAGAACAAAAAUGUCAGUGAAGGUGCAAAUUCUUUAGAUAUGGACAAGGAAAAUCUUCAGGCGAUCAGUAUCGAUGGGAAUAUUAAAAGAAGCCAGGCUAUAGAAAUGAAUACUAAAGAUCUUGAGAUGAUAAUGGUUGACAAGAAGCUUGGAAAAACAAACUUUCAGGCAAGUGGUCCAAGUACCUGUGCAAAAAGCAUGUGUUCAUUACAAGAGCAAAAGAGAGAAGUCCCUGAGGAUAUUGUCACCGACACCUGUGCAUUCAUGUCUUUGAAAAGUCAAAAAGGUGUUAUAUCUCAACCUUUGGGAAAAAAUCUUCCAAACGCUUCAGUUUCCUGCACAAAUGACAAAACGGGCAGGUUUUCAGAUGAUGAAAACAUGGACAUAACCAAAACUCAUCCUGCUGCCUUUGAUGUUGCUCCUAUCAAUACAGUACAAGAAUACAAGAAUAAUCAUAAUCAAACCAAUGUAAUAUCCAAGCAGCUGCAAAACCAGACCUUCCCGUUUUCUGGUAGUUCUGGUGUAGAUAUCACAAGUCAGACUGCAGCAAUAGGAUGUGGGGAUUUGAAAAUGAACACAAAUAAGCAAACUGUUACUCCUUUGGCUUCAAAUGGUUCAUUUAUUUCCAGUAAUGAGCCUGCUCUCUCUGGAAUGAAAGGAAAUGAACAACUUGGAACAAUAUUAGGAAUAAAAGCAAAUUGCCAAAACUCAGACAGGCAAGAGACAACUCAUACUAUGAAGGUAGAAAACAAAGUGUUGCCAACUCCUGUAGAUUCUGAGAGAGAUUUUUCAGUUGGUAAAACAGUUUCUUCAGAAGAGGAUUUUAAAAAUCCUCACUCAGUUGAUGGCCUGCACUUGAGGGGUGCUGAAGAACCGUUACUAGCCAAUACAUCUGAACCACAUAAGGGAAGUUCCCAAUUGCCUUCAUUUUUAGAAAAGUCAGUUGUGUUUCCCUCUGGUGAAAACAUGGACUUGACUGGAAACUGUGCGAUAAUGGUUCCUGAUCACAACAUCAACCCUGUUUUAUCAGAAAGAAAAGUGGUACCUGGACACAUUGUUCAAGAUGAAAAUAAAAUAAUGUCCUUAAAAAAAGGGGUCAUGAUGACAGCAAAUAGUCAGGAGCAGCCUGCGUGCAAUGUGUACCCCUUGGUAUCUGGCAAGAAAAUGUUAACCAUGACUGAUUUAAAACAUUUGCCUUUUGCAAGUGAGAAAAUGACCGUAUUUUCAGAAGAUGCUGAUAUGGACAUCACCAGAAGUCACACAAUUUCAGCAGACAAAAUAAUUUUGCAGUGUAAAAGUUCAAGUGAUGACAUAUCCUUAAUUUCUGGAGAUAAAACUUGUGUUUUUACCUACAAUGAUGACAUGGAAAUAAGUAGACUCGAUACUAUUGCAGCUGACAAAUCUAUGGAAAAGGCUGCAUCUCAAGGGAUGCUUAACACUGCUAAAAGGACUGGAAGGAAAAGCUUGAAUGGAACAACAGGGGAAAAGACUGUUUUAUUUUCACUGAACAGUGAGAAUAAUGACAUGGAGAUCACAGAGAGCCAUACAGCUGCAAUAGGCCAUGAAAUUGUCUUGCAAAAUGAGGUAGGGCUUCGUUCCGUCUCUUCAGCUCAUCCUGUUAAAACUGUUAUGUUCACAAGGAGCCAGGCUGACAUGGACAUUACCAAGUCUUGCUCUGCUGAUAAAAUUACCGUAAAAGUUGUAUGUGAUGAUAAACUGAACUUGGAUAAGGAGGUUGGACAGCAAGCACUUUCAAAUAGCGAAGCUACUAUGUUUGCUAUGGAUGAUAUGGAAAUCACUAAAACCCAUAAUAUAGCUUUGGAAGAAAAUUCUCUGCAAGGUAGGCAACGCAAUCAGUCUGCUCCAUUAACUUCCACGAUUAUGUUUACGAGUUACCAGGCUGACAUGGAAAUGACCGAGUCUCACUCUGUUGAUGAAAGUAUUGAAAGAGUCUUAUGUGAGGAUAGGUUAAACCUGGCUAAGCAGGUUGGACAGGAGGCUGCUUCAGAUAGCAAAACCGUCAUUUUUACUUUGGCUGAGGAUAUGGAGAUCACUAAAACUCAUACAGCUCCAUUUGAUAAAACCAUUGUGUUUACCCACAACCAAGAUGAUAUGGAAAUAACUGCAUCUCAUACUAUUGCUGUUAAUAACAAUACUAAUGGAUUUGAGAACCAAGAAGUGUCACAUAAAAGCACUCGGCAACCAGACUUGCAUAGUGCAUUGUUGUCUUCUUGCAGAGAUGAAAUUGAUUCCUCGCAUACAAAAGACCUGGACGGUGAAUAUCAUGCAAAAUCUAAGGAUAAGCCCAGCAUUCCCUCUUCUGCUUCAUCAGCCUCAGCAUUUCCUAGUGAGAAAGGAGCUAUCAAAGUCCACACUGGCACAACACCAGAUUCCGUUUAUUCUGUCUCGCUUCCAGAAGAGACUACGGAUGUGCGGGCACCACAGGAUCUUGACCUUCCCACAGAUAAUUCUGCCCCUGUAAACAGUCAGCAGGAUCUCAUACAGCCAGAAAAACUGAAAUCAAAGAGAGUAUCUUUCAAGCUUCCAAGUAAUGGGCCCAUGGAUUGCAGCGAAGAAAGUAGCGAUUUGGUAUCCUGUGUUUCACUUCCCAUCCAGCAAUCAGGUUCUUUGACGGGUUCUCCAGAUGCACGUAGUACUCAGAGAAACCAAGUGUUGAAAGAUGAUGCAUCUAGACAUGAGGUUUUAGCUACAGAUUUAGGCUUGGCUGGAGCAAGCCUUGUUCCAGCUUCUAACAAGGAAUCGAAGGAAAAUGAGGGGCUGUCAGCUGAAGGGGAGACACCUCCAAAAGACUUUCAAAUAAACUCUGAACAAACUAAGCAACUUUUGGUCAGUGACAGUCCAAGAGAUCAAAUAGAUCCCACUCUUGCACCUGAAUUUUCAGGUAUUUUAAAUGUUUGUUCAAAACUGAAAAACAUUAGAAGGAAAUCUGCAGUUCUCUCUGUUUCUGAAACUGCUUUUUCUGACCAGUUGCCCAAAUCAUCAACUCAGCCAGAGGAUAUGAGGUUAGGAAAAAAUACUGUAAAUGAACUAAAUAAUUUAUUUUAUACCAAAGAGCAGGAGAACAUAUGUCUUGAAUCUGGAACUGCUCCCAUAGAUGCAAAUUUAGGCAUGGCACUUAAGGGUAAAUAUCAAGGAAUAAAUGUCCCUCUAGGUAUCUUCCAGCCUAAAUUACCGAACAGAAGAAAUCCUUCUGUUUCUAGUGUACAAGACGUAAAUGCAAAAUCUUUAGACAAAGGAGAAGCACCAGUUUCAGAAGUAAGCGUAAACGCUGGUGAAACCCCAGGUAACAAGAAGUCUAGCAGGCAGAACUUCAGCCCUUCUCAGUUUAUAGCAGAAGAAUUUCUUCCUGUCUGCCUAGAAGAAAUGGAUUCAAAUGAAUCUGUAAGCUCUGAACUCGUGGAAAAUGCUUGCAAUGAGAUAAGCAAAAAACAAAUCUCCCACAAUGAAAAGAAUCAAUUUGAAGAGACAAAAACUUGCAACAACACAAAAAGAGCUUUGGAACAACAUGAGGAGGAUCUUCAAAGUCCAAAGAAGCUCAAGGGGGAUGAAAACUUGGAUGGUGAGGUCUCCCAAGACUUGCAGGUUACUUUUGCCGCUGUGUCUCAAAGCCAAGUAGAAGUUCAUGAAGGUGAAGAUCCUCCAAAUCUGUCAGCUAAAAGCCCUGAUUGUACUCAUGCCAGCACCAGCAGCUCUCUGGAUUCUGUUAAGGCUGACACAGAAUUAACAAGUAAGACUUCCUUUCGAAGCAGUCAGAUGGAGUCUCAGCUUCUCACAGAUAGCAUUUGUGAAGAUAAUUUGCGGGAGAAAUUUCAGAAUGGUGUUAUCACAGUUGGGGAGUUUUUUACACUUCUUCAAGUCCAUCUUCCGAUUCAGAAGCCCCGGCAUAGCCAUCUUCCAGCUAGUUGUGCAGUCAGUGCACCACCUACUCCAGAAGACCUCAUUUACAGCCAGUAUGUUUAUCGCCCCAAGCUGCGUAUUUAUGAAGAAGAUUGCCAGGCCCUUUCUCAGAUGAUAGAUGAGUUAAAACCGUAUGCAGAUCUCCAGGAUCAACUCCUGGUGAAUGUGAAUAAGAGUUUGUGGGAAGUAAUGAGAACCUGCUCUGAUGAAGAGCUGAAGAACUUUGGAGCAGAAUUGAACAAAAUGAAAUCCUAUUUCACCAAGGAGAGUAAAAUCUUGGCUCACAACGAGAAAGUGACAUUGUACAGCAAAUUGCUGCAGAGCGCGCAGGAACAACACGGAAAGCUACAGUCAAGGAUAGAAAAGGUGGAUGAAUUGCUCAAGGAGGCAGAGAGCUGUCUUGUUGCUCUGGAAGCAGAUUCUGACUGGGAAGAAUGGGAAGCAGACUGCAGUGAUGAAAUGGCAGGAGGGAAAACCCUAGGGGAAGAAUUGGAAAGCCUCAAAGCCCAAGAAGAGGAACUUCAAAGAGAACUGUCAGAUCUGGAGGCUCAGAAUGAGCAAAUGCUUGCUCAGAUGAACCAGCUAAAGGAAGAAGAAAAAAGCUGCCAGGAACUCCUGGAGACAUACGACUUCACUGAGUGGGAGAUUACUGAAUGGAGUGAACAGCAGGCUGUCUUUAAUUUUCUUUAUGAUUCUAUUGAACUCACAGUUGUGUUUGGACCCCCAAUAGAUGGUGAUGUUUUUGGUGAAGAUCCUUCCAGAAAGAUAGUUAGCCUGAACUUUGAAUCUCUUUUGGAUGAGGAAGAAGCUCCACCCUCCUCAUGUUUAGUCCAGAGACUCAUCUUCCAGUUUAUUGAAAGUCAGGGAUGCUGGCAGGAAAAGUGUCCCACACUGUACUACUUGCCCCAGGUUCUUCAUGAUGUCUCUUUGGUGGUGAGUCAUUGCAAGAUCUUAGGAGAGGAGAUUGAAUUUCUGGAGAGAUGGGGUGGAAAAUUUAAUCUUCUGAAAACAGAUAUCAAUGACACAAAAGUGAAGCUUUUGUUCUCCGCUUCCACAGUUUUUGCAAAGUUUGAGUUGACCCUGUCUCUAUCUGCCAGCUACCCAUCUGUUUCACUGCCUUUUACUGUCCAAAACCAAAUUGGGAAUAUUGGGGAGGAGGAGAUUUCUGCUGUUCUGUCCAAUGUACCUGUUGGUUACCACUAUCUGCGGAGAAUAGUCAGCUUGAUUCAUCAAAAUUUGCUCCAGGAUCCCAGAUGA